ACAGUGUGUAUCUGUGAAAGGCAGUAAAAAGUAUUCAUUAAAUUAAAGAAUUUUUUUUAUAAACCAGUCGAAGUCGAACAUCGAUUUAGUUUACCAACACGCAUAUUAAUGUGUUUGCUGCAAUCAUAAGUGUUUUUUUUCAGUCAGUGUGUAGAGUGUUUACGAAACUGAAAACACUUUUAAUUCAUUUAACAAAUAAUAAGAAUAUUGAUAAAUGUAUCUGUUGACGAAAUACGUACAUGUCAAUAUUGUGAUUGUUGAUUGUGAAUCAUAAACAUUAAAUUGUAUCUUUCUUGCAAUUCGUUUUAUUCAAUAAUUUAUUUCAUCGAGUCAAAACUGCUGUACUACCGUAAAGAAUUUCUCACCGGCAACAGUACUCUCAAAUCAAUAACACUCCAUUUUAAUUUCAACGGAAAUGGAUGAUAAUUACUCUGACCUGUCAAUUAAAUCGGAGGAAGAUGAAGACCCUCAGUUGAUUGAUAAUGACUAUAACAGCAUGUUUAAUGGUUCUUUCAACAAGGACAAUGACAAUGAAACGAAAACUCAAGAAUUAUACGAGUUACUUCAAAAUUGGAAUCAGUUGGAACUUUUCGAACAUUUUAAAAAUGAAAAAAUUGAUUUGGAAGUUUUAGCUGUUAUAAAACCUCAUUAUUUCGAAAGACUCCUUGCACCAUUUACCUUGGGAACUCAUAUAAUGUUUGAACAUAACUUAGAACAAUGGCGUAAUUCAAUAGGUUUCCCAUUGCCUAGACAUAGAGACACCACAUCUAUGUUUGAACCAUAUCGAUACGAUAAAAUUUCGUCCUUAAGACCGUUACAGCACACAAUAGUUUCCUCCCCGCCAACUGCAUCACCAGCGGUAUCGAGUUCUUUCAAAGAAAUAUCACCUAUCACUCAAAAUCCUGAAACUGCAUCUCAAACUAGAAUAACUCUGGAAACAAUUUUGAAAACUAGCCCUAAAGGACAGAUGCUAGUAGAGAUCUAUAAAAAAAAUCAAAAAUUCAAAGAAGCCCAUAGGACGUUAUUGAUUCACCUAAUAGCCGAAUAUUUCAACGACAAAGGUAUUCAUUUAGAGCUAGCAGCAACUUAUAGUAUUGAGAGAGAAAUAAUCUCAAAAUUUCCAUCGGAACAACUAGAGUUUUAUAGAACUUCAAAACGAGGAAGGAUAUAUAACAAAUACUGUAACUACAAAUAUUCCCUAAUAAAAGUGAACCGUAAUUCCAAUGUAAAAGUCAGUACUGCGGGUGUUCCAAAUGUAGCUGAGCCAAUAUCGGAACUAGUUCCAGAACAAGGCGCAGAAGUUUAUGUAACUUCAUUAAAAUACGACAACUUAUCCGCGGAACAGUUUGAAACGAGUUGGAAACUGUGUACGAGAUAUCGUAUUAAUGAAAUCAGAGCUCUGAACUCUUCUAUACCUCUUAUUUUCACAAAAUGGCCUCAAUACAAGUCGCCUCUCGGAAAUAAAUACAUUGCAAUGGAUUUUCAAUACCUACAUUCAAAUUGGAAUUCACUUGUGACUAAUUGGGAUACGGCAGCUGAAAAAUUAUUGCAGUUUCUAAGCACGGGUCAUUGUAUUAAAAGUCAUGAAAUCCGAACAGUUUUGAGAAAUAUCAAAAAUACUGAAUCUAAAAAUUGUCGUGAUGCUGCUUUGUUGUGGUGCUUGCAUGGCUAUUUAAAACCAACAAAUACAAUAUGUGGAACUGACGAAAAAGGAAACAGAAGCAUGUCAAAAGUGUCAAUAAAGGAGUCCCAGGAUUCAUUUGUCUAUGUUGCAAAAUCAGUGGAAGAUAUUGAAAUCCAUAGACAAAUUUUGAACCAACAAUACACCAGCUUUUAUCCAUUUAUAGCUGUUUUGGGCACUGAUAUAUUGAACUUUUCACAAAUAUUUGUUUGUGUGGAAGACGCAAAAUAUUCGUUGGAAAAUUUUGUAAACGCAGUGGAUUUAUGCUAUAAUCUUAUAAUUUUGUUCAAAUUGGAAUAUCCAACUGCAUGCAAGGCUAUUUGGAGUUUCAUACAAAAUUAUUUUUUCGAAAUUAAACCCGAAACGCGGUUCCCAAGGGUUCAUGUAUUGAUAAAUGAAUUGAAAGACAAAUAAAAAUUAACAUUUUUAAAGUUAU